AUCAAUGAUAUGAAGAAAUAUUUUAGUUCCAGUGAACACUCCUAUUAUGCUCAAUCUCUGUUCUUUGUAUCAAUAGUCAUCCAUAAAGUCAAGGCUUUUGAUUUAGAUACAGCUAUCUUAAUUGACAGUGAUCUCAAAUUUGAAUCAGAUAUUAAUGAUUUAAACAAACAAUUUGAAAAUUUCGCUGAAAAUAAUGUAAUCGGACUAGCUCGUGAAAAUCAACCUGUUUACAGACAUUUAUUUUCCUCUUAUCGUAGUCAUAACCCAGGCACUCGGGUUGGAAGUCCACCACCAAAUGGUUUAUCAGGAUUCAACAGUGGAGUGGUAUUAUUAAAUAUCAAAAGAAUGGGAAGCUCUUCACAAUAUAAUGAACUAAUCAAUCCGGAGGUUUUACAACGAAUGACAAAAACAUAUGAUUUUAAAGGUCAUUUAGGUGACCAAGACUUUUUCACCUUAUUAUCAUUAGAACAUGAAGAUUUAUUUUAUGUGUUACCAUGUACAUGGAAUAGACAAUUAUGUGUUUGGUGGCGUGAUAAAGGAUAUGAAGAUGUGUUUGAUCUUUAUUUUAAAUGUAAUGGAAAAAUAAAUAUUUAUCAUGGAAACUGCAAUACACCAUUUCCAAGUUCAUAG